GACGCCGAUGUGACGCGCUGACGUCAGCAGGUCUGUGACAGCACUUCCUGGAGUCGUGUUUGUUGUGGGAAAUAAUUACCACCGUGGAGUCGGACCUGGGAGAGGACAGGACGAACUGCAACCUCCAGCCCGACCUCCGAGCAUGUGUCCGCGGCGUCAGCUGAGACGGGCGGGGAAGUGACGGCCGGGACCGAGGAGGGGGACGCGGCGGACAGCCACGGACCUGACAGCCGCUGCAGAGCCGAGCCGAGCCGAGCCGAGCCGAGCCGAGCGGAGCCGCCGACAGCCUCGGAAUGUGGUAGCCCAAACCAUGGACAGCAGAAUAAAGGAGAGUCCAGAGAGAACAUUUGAUCUGGUUCUGCAGGUGUCGUGUCCAGCAUCUGAGCAUGAAGAUCCAACCGUGCUGUGGAGCUUCCCCCAGGACCACACAGACCAGGAGGUCCUUCAGACGAUACCAAAGUUCUGCUUUCCCUUUGACGUGGAAAGGGUUAACCAGAGUCAGGUGGGGCAGAACUUCACCUUUGUGCUGACGGACAUCGACGGCAAGCAGAGAUUUGGUUUCUGUCGUCUCACUCAAGGCUGCCGGAUCUGCAUAUGUCUGCUCAGUUAUUUACCAUGGUUCGAAAUCUACUACAAGCUGCUAAACACCCUGUCGGAUUACCUAAUGAAACAACAGGAAAAUGACUUGAACGACAUGCUGAAUUCUCUCUAUGAUCUGCCUGUGCCAAAGCCCUUCACGCCAGUCAACCUGAGUGUGAAUGAGCAGUUGUAUAUUGCCACUGGGCAAGUACUGAGAGAUCGGGGAAGCAAGGAGAUGCACUCCUACUUCAUCGCCCCGGAUAUCAAUGGACUGCCAACGAUCCCUGAGAGUAGGAACCUGACAGAGUAUUUUGUGGCCGUGGACGUCAACAACAUGCUCCAGCUCUACGCCUGCAUGCUGCACGAACGACGCAUCAUCAUUACCUCAAGCAAGCUUAGCACUUUAACGGCAUGUGUCCACGGUGCGGCUGCUAUGCUCUUUCCCAUGUACUGGCAGCACAUCUUCAUCCCUGUGCUGCCCCCGCAUCUUCUGGACUACUGCUGUGCCCCCAUGCCAUACUUCGUGGGAGUUCAUCUGAGUCUGCUCGAGAGAGUACGCAGUCGAUCACUGGAGGAUGUGGUUAUUCUGAAUGUGGAUACCAACACCCUGGAGAGUCCAUUUGAAGACUUGCACAACCUUCCUAGUGACGUGGUGUCCUCUCUGAAGAGCAAGCUGAAGAAGCAGUCGACAGCAACAGGAAGUGGUGUGGCGAGGUCCUUCAUGAGAGCGCAGGCCGCUCUGUUCGGAUGCUACCGAGACGCCCUGAGAUAUAAACCAGGGGAGCCUAUCACUUUCUGUGAGGAGAGCUUCGCGAACCACCGCUCGAGCACCAUGAGGAACUUCCUGUCCAUGGCUGUCAACCUGCAGCUCUUCAAACAGUUCAUCGACGGACGGCUGGCCAAAUUGAACGCAGGCCGCGGCUUCACCGACGUGUUUGAAGAGGAGAUCACAGAGGGGGGCUUCUGUGGAAGUAAUUCAAGGUCUUAUCAGCAAUGGAUGCACACCGUGAAGAGAGGAGGAGCACUCAUCAACACGGCCGUGACAAAGGCCAGGAGUCAUGCCAAGAGGGGCAUCCGGGACAUUAAGGGCAGACUAAAAGCAAGGGAAGAGGAAGAAGAGGGGAUGCCGGUCUGUGCAGGGUCUCCCACCAGCACCAAGAGCCUGUCUCCAAGGAGACUGCAGAAGAUGAGACGGCAGAACCUCAGAAAGUCUCCCAUGAGCAUGGACCCCAGAGAUCUUGGCUACGGGCUGGAUGAUGAUGAGCUGGACAGUGCGAGCAAGCUGUCCUCAGAAGACAGCGGGGACGUCCCCUCCUACACAGAGGACAGCGACGACUCCUACUCGCUGGAGCUGGACAUCGACCCGUCCCGCUCGGGCCAGAUGAACCUGCUGGAGGAAAUCCUGGACUCUCUGAACACCACGGGGCUGGACCAAGGCAAACUCAGUGCCGCCAAGAGCCUGGACUUCUUCAGGUCCAUGGAUGAUUUAGACUACAAGACCCCGACCAAACCGACCCCCCCCACGGAGUCGAACCCUGCAGAUGACAGUGGUUGUGCUGGGGACCAGAACCAGGGCGGCUGGAAUAUGGGCCAGGAUGACAGCGCCAUCCACGGAAAACACCUCCCACCAUCUCCGAGGAGGCAGCCCAACAAGAGCAGCCUGAAGGUGUUGAAGAAACCUGUGGUCGCUCCUCUAGCACCCCCUGCUCCAGCUGCGGACGUGUCCAGACCCCGGCCCAGUUCUCCUCAACCCAGAUCUGCCCCACUCCCUCACCUUUCAUCUCCGGAACGACAUCCAGGACACCGCUUCUCCUACAUGCCCCUACUGCCCCACAACCCUACACCCACUGCUGCAUCUCCCACACUCUCUUACACUCACAGCUUUCUAGCACCGGAUUCCCACCUGGACUACGCUCCUGAUCCAGUGGGCCGGUCCCGGACCAUCUCAGACCCCCAGGCCUGCACAGAGUCUUCUCAGACCCUGAACCAGAAUUCCUCCACCGGCAUCCUGAGGAGGAAGGUGCUGUCCAAGGAGAUGGUGAAGCAAUACCACGAAAAGGCCCUUCACAGGCUGGGCAGCCGGGUCUACCAGGAGGGCGAGGAGAAGCACAGACAGUCAGCCAUGCCGGUCCCGUGGGAGAAAGAGGUGUCCAAAGAGGGGCCCCUGGGGCUGGGCCUGGGUCUGGGUGAGAGUCCAGGCUCUGGGGCGGCUGUGGUGCAGGAACAAACCCUCCUCGAGGAGAUCGACGCCAGGUGUUGCCUCGGCUCGGUCCUCCACACCAGCCUGCAGCUCUCCCAGGUUCACUGCAACAACAGUCACCAGCAGGUCCAGGGCAAAGCCACAGAGGAGUCCUGAGGGAGCUCAAAGACUCAGUGUCCGUAAAACGCCAUAGAAGUAUAUUCACUGUCAUCGUAGAGGACAUGAGCAGUUCAGAAGUUUUUCUAUCUCAACACCCAGCGAUCAGGAGAGGCCACAAACAAACCUGAUGUCAUAGAGGUAGCCACGAAGCGGUAGCUAGGAUGCUAAAAGGAAAACGAGAGUGAUGAGCUGGUGCACUGCACAAUUCUCCAUCUGUCGUCCAUCUUUGUUUUCCAAUGAUUCAGUUUGUAUUUCAGGUGAAAUAAUCUGAUUGUAUCUCAACUUGUUGUUUCCAAGAUAAGUGGACAAACUUUUUACUUGUAUCUGGAAGCGAAAUAGAAAAACAACAAAUUAGUUUUCUUUGUAGGGAUUCGGAUGCUACAACAAGAAAAACGUAUGAGUUUAUAAAGAUUCUGGAAACAAGUGAAAGCAGCAGGACAAACCCACAAAGUGACACAUGCAGUGUUGUUAUUCUAUAAACUCCAAACAAAAGAGACAAGGUCGAUGUUUCUGCAUCACAGUAUUUUUUUGUUGAUAAUCGUCUACAUUUCUGAACAACACAUUCUCGUGUGUUAUAUUAUUCAUCUAGAAAACAUUUCACAAAGCAACACUCAACCCUUGAAUUAUAUUUUGCACAGAAUUUUUGUAGCGACAGGUGAAGGAGGAAUUGUUCACAUUGCGAAGAGGAAAUCCAGAAACUGCUGCGUCAGCAUUACGAGGGGGCGGCGGCUCCUCAUGGUCCAAACAUUUCACAUGAUCAAAAUUUGCACUUGGUUAUCAACAAAUAAUACUCAGUUAUUACUUCGUGGUACGAAAAGUUAAACAGGAUUUUCUAGAAACAAAUGAAACUAAUGAUACACUGUGUAAUUUAAUAUGUUUUGUUUUUUUUAUCACCAUGCCUUAAGUGGACAUGUGAUUUGUUUAUAAUACUCUGGUUUCUUAAUCUAUCUACCGAUACCAAUACAGGUACUUUGUAAUCCGAUUACUUACAAAUCGUUAAUGCAACUGUUAGUAGAACUUAAACAGCACUGUGUGUAUCUGUAUUAAUAGAGUAGUUAAUAUAUGAUGUGCUUUAAGUUGCUGUUUUUAAAUUGCAUUCCCGAUCAUGAACUGUGCACGUUGAGAAACCUCUCUCCUCUCCCUGCGUUCCUCAGGACACUUCUGCAAAUACACUCACAGUUUAAAGUCGAUUCUUAUGAAAAAAAAGCCAAUAUCCUUCCUCCAGCUCCUCUUCUUCAUUUUUUCCCACCGUCGCUGCUCCGCCCCUCACGUUGUCUCUCGCUCUCGACCUUAAGAACGGUCGCCAGUUGUUGCAGAGCUUGUGAGGUUUGGAGCGGAGGUGGAAAAAGGUGAACUCUAUGAGAUACGACAGAUAAAACCGUACAUUCCUGUUAUUAUCUACAGAUCCCGUGGAAAGGACCCCCCCCCCCCGUUUGUGGCCCACAGCCUCAAACCCAUUUGUUCCUACUGAUGAUGUAAACUUCAAAGUGGGUCACAAAUCCUGAGAAAAGUUCUAAUUUUCAGUCUCAAACCAAGCCGUAGCUUCAGUAGAGAACAGAACUAAACACAUUCAUCUGUAGACGUCUUAUCAGUGGAAUUAAGUCAUCGUUGAUUUUGGGUUUUCUCCCGGGAUUUGUUGACUUUUUUUUCCAAGAAUCCAGAACCUCUCGUAAAACUUUUUGUAUCGUCGCGUCUCACAUGAGGAAAUGCAAUCUCUGUCCCUCUAGGUCCGAGUCUCACACUGUAACGCAACGCAGUGAUUGACGAUUGUGCUGUAACGAAGCAAUACAGUUCUCCUCAGAGAGUAGCUAGAUGGAUGUAACGUGUACAGAGUCCAAACUAUUUCUAUAACAGACUCUCCUGUGGAGAGAAAAACGCCAUGUCCGGAGAUUGUGGGUUCCCAUCGUUCUCUUGAGUCACCACAAAACCCAGGAUGGGGGGAAAAAACGAAAGCCCUUUCAUGUGCUUGUGUUGGGAUUAUUACAUUUAUGGUUCGUUGUUCUCAUGAUUUAUGCCAGACGCCAGUCGGUGUGGCAGUUUAACAGCGGCUAUUCCUCCACUUCUUGAGUGCUGCUCUGCGUUAACGAUUCGCCCAUAAAGUCUUUGGCUUCUAAAAGCCCAGGAAUCGGUCCUAGUAAUUCCGAAAAGGGAAAAAAAUAAAUUAGUCUCCAGAACAAUCUCAGUACGGGCCUCACCUAUCGCAACCAAGCUUAUUUACUAUGCAAGUAUUUAAAAUGAUGAAAAUAUAGUAUUUUUUUCAACAUUAUAUUCUAUGAUUCUACUUGAAACCAACCAAAUUUAAUUCCUAGUGAGAAUAAACCUCACGUGUCCCUAAUUUAAUUCACAGUGUGAGCUGAGGUGUGUCUAAAGGUGUGAGUGUGUGUUGUGCCUUAAACAGUCCGAGUACCAUCACAACAAGGUACAGUAUCAUAGAAAGUAAUAUGCAAUGGUUUCCGACCACCUUAAAUCACACUGUGGAGCAUCUUUGUAUUUAUAUGACAAACGGACACAAAAGCCCUGAUUUGGUUUGGUGAGGAAAUGACCUGGACUGAAGUCGGGUAGUAGCGUUGUUUGUGUAGCUGUUGUGUUUCUGACUUUCUGCUUCAGCUGCAGUUACUCUGUGUUAUUCUUUUUCUUUGGUCCCGUGGGCGCUGGGAACUUCCUGUAUUGAAGAGAGGAUGUUGGAAUUUCUCUGAGUCAUUUUGUCCUUAUUUGUAAACAAAGUUCUUUCCUUGAUUGUGAUAUUAAUACGUGUUUAGUUUGUGCUCCUUGUCUUUUUCAUCUCUCUCUCUCUUUUUUUUUUUUAAAUACCCUGACUACUCAUUCUGAGCAAACUGUAUUAAAAAAAAAAAAACCUUUCUCAGAGGAGUGUCUUUAGUUGAUUUCAUAUUGAUGAAUAAUUAUUUUCGACUGAAUAGACGUGUAUUUUUUCUGGCCUAAGUAUAUUUUACAUGAAUAAUAUAUGAUCGGUGUUAUAUGUUGUAAAAACAAGAUAUAAAUGACACCUAAUAUUUGAAUGUUUUAGAUUUUAUUUUUGGAGGAAAAAAACUAUGGAGAGAAUAUAAGAGAAAUGUCCCAUGUAGCCGUUCAGGUUCAGAAGCAUCUGCCACCUUUACUGAGACUGAUGCUUGUACAUGGUACAACACUUCCUGUUGUAUCCGCAUGUGUGUACCUGUUUGUGUUGUGAUGCUAUGGUUUAGUUUAUUCUUUUGUUCUGAAUUAUUAUUUGAGCAGUUGGCACUUCCAUCAAGUCAAUGGAAAUGAACAUUACAAUUCUGCCUUGCUGUGGCUAUCGUGGAUUUUAAUGUCAUCGAGCCUUUGCAUUUCAUGUAGAGGAUUUUUUUUUUCUUUUUCUUGUUAGCAGUAAAUUUAACUGUAGAGGUUUGUAGGGAGAAAUAAUUGAGCAGUGAGCUGCUGCUGCUGCGGAUAUGAAAAGCUUUAGUGACUCUGGUCCUGUUUACAAUCAUGUUGUACAACAGUGAAGUUAUGAUUGUCAGGGAAUUCGCAUUUCAACGUGUGCAAGCUUGAGAUAAUAAGAGAUUCCCAACACUCAUUAAAAGCUAUCAGUUAAUAUAAAGUAAUAAUAAUUGAAUAUUUGAAGAGACGGAUGUGAGGGACUUUGAAGCCGCUUUUCUAAACUUACUACAGCGUAAAGAACAGGUUUAACUUCCCCUAAGCAAAAUAUUCAAAAACAGAUAUUUUUCAUUAAAGUAAAUGUGAAUGUUACAGUGAGAAACUUCCUUUGCUCAAUUCAGUCUGUUUGUUUUUUAUUAUUUUGUUAUCUCUUUUUUUAAUGCCAUUUAAUUUGAUUCUCUGAUUCUGGGCACAAUUGCAUGUUUUCAUUGCAGAGAAAACAACCGUCUUAAACAACUGAGGUCAGUGUAAUGUGCUAUUGAUGAGUAACAUGGUACAACUGCACGUAAUGUAUGCACUGUGAACUGAAAAUAAAAAAUGACACUGUUUCA